AUGCGUCCAGGCUGGUCCGGUGUAAUGGCGGAGUUACUUAACCGACUUCUACAGGUGAAUAUCGUUCAUGCUGAAAUGAUUCUGUACUCGGUAAUGGUGCGUGACCCAAGCAAGUUGGAUCAUUGCUUACCGCGCGCUAACGAACAACGGCAGUUUAGUUCUUAUCACGAAUGUAUCGAAUUCCCCAGUCUUUUGGUGCAGUUGCUGUAUCAAGAGCAAGCGGAUGUUAUGAUGAAACCCAUGACGUUCUUAAUUGAUAACCACUACAAUGAUGAGUUCUACAGUAAGGCAAGGGCGUACUGCGCACGUUUCGUUAAAUACCGGAUUGAAUCUAAGGUCGUCCAAGGACGGAGAUCUUUUGUCAAGGUACCAGAUCGUGUAUUCGGCUCAGCUUCGAAGGACCGUAAAGAGCUACACAUUAACUGUUUAGCUGAAUUUAAACAAUUUAUGUUGAAUAGUGGUUGGAACCCUGAACGGUUCAAAGAAAUCACCAGGGAAUUACCUGAGGGACGAGAUGUCAAUUCCAAUGACCACCAGGUUGCAGUACCAGUUAGAGAAAGAUCCUUCUGGUAUCACGACCCGAAUCAAUACAUUGCAAACGGUAAUUUUAAAGAAGAUUAA